GUCAUCCGUGACGUUGUAAAUAUGUUUUAUGGCUGUUAUCACCCCACAAAUGUCAUAGGUGACGUCUUAGAAUUUUAUUUUGGUUUUUAGUUUAAUACGUGGUUAUUUUUAUUUACACAUUUCAAUUUAAUUUGAAGUCAUUUAAGCCAGUUUGUCUUUAUUUAUCCAUUUCAUGUUUAUUUUACUGAGCUACAGGCAUAAUCAUGAGUGGAAAGCAUUUUUGCUUGAAGUGGACCAAAUUCGAAGCAAACAUCCUGAAUGCCUUUGAAAGUUUGCAGGCCACAGAAGAUCUUGCAGAUGUAACGCUAGCAUGCGAUGGAAUCAGUAUCAAAGCACAUAAAUUUAUUCUCUCCGCUUGCAGUCCGUAUUUCAGAGCUAUGUUCAAGGAAAACCCAUGCUCUCACCCCAUUGUCAUAUUGAAUAACAUCUCACAGGGUGACCUGAUGGCAAUUAUUAAUUUCAUGUAUCAUGGUGAAGUUACAGUAUCAGAGGAACAGUUGGCUACAUUUCUACAAACAGCAGUUGUAUUGCAAGUGUCUGGAUUGAUGAAUAACGAUCAAAAUGCCAACAAGAAACUAGCAGGGCAUCCAAAAAAGACUAAACCCACAAAUGCAUGUUAUGACUAUCCAAAUAAAAAACUGAAAACAGCUCCUAAAACUAAGCCAACCCUAGAGGAGUUACCAUCAAGUGAAACAAAUCAGUUUGAAAUGGUUGAGAUGAGCAAAAUAAAGACUGAAGAUGAAACAAAUGAUUCAAAUGAUUUUAAUGUUAUUGAUAAAGUAGAGGUUGUAGUAGGGGAAAAACCUGAAACACAAGGAUCUAUUCUUGAAGCAGCUUUAGAAGUUAAAGAUAAACCUAGUAGCAUUUUAAAGAGGUCACUAACUGCACAAGCUGUGAAAUCACCUUCUUCUAUACCUUAUCCAGUUGAUAAGAUCUGUGUAAUUCCUGAUAUACCAAAGACAGCUUUCUUACCCCAGAAGUCACCAGAAAAGGAUUUAGAAAAGCGUGGCAACAAAUCUUCUGAAUCAAGUCCUACAGCAUUUGAUUAUUCUGUAACAGAGUAUCAUCAACAACGUAUUAAGGCUGAAGAACAUCCUGAAGGUGUUGAGCACUAUGUCCAAGGCAUGCUUCCAGACGAUAUAACAGUGGCCCGAGCCUCUUUGGACAUUCAGCCGCAUCACAGCUCGCAGUGCGGUACUUGUCCACAUUGCGGCAAAGUGUACUCCAACCAAUCAGCGCUGAAGUACCACGUACGACUGGUGCACUCCGAUUUGACCAACAUGUACUGCUGUCAUUUGUGUCCAGAGGCGUUCGACUAUCGGGAAGGGUACAAGCGGCAUAUGGCAGAGGCGCAUAUGAUACGGAAUUAGUCAGGGAAGUUAGAAGUUGUUAUAUUUUAAGAAAAACAAUUGUUAAUUAUGGAGGUACCUGGAUAGCAUAUUUGUCACAUGAACUGAGUUGGAUUGAUAGAGAAAAUGGCUACUAGAUAGUAAUAUGUAUUUAUGAAACGUGAAAAGGUUAAUAUAUUUUACAUUGUUUUUUAUUUCGUCAUUUAAGUUUUUUAUAGACAUUGAUUUUGCGAUGUCAAUAGAAAAUACAAAUCAGCGCCUAGAUGUGAGGCAUUGCGAAAAUGUUUUGCGUGUGAUGCGCCAUUCCUAUUUUUUUGUGAUGUGACAAAGUUUUUGAAAACGCAAAAAAACCGGGGAAAAUUGUAAUUUAUAACUUUAUACAUAACCUCUGUUCAGAAAGGACAACACAAAUAAUCCGUUUAGUACAGCUAAUAUACACGGGCAGCAUAUUCAGUAAUAAUUUUCUCACAUAGCAAAUAUUACUGUUUUUUUACACAUGCAGACAGAUAUACAAAGUCAUCCAAUUAAUCUUUUUGUCACAUCUUCUCAGAGAUACAUACUUUACAGACUAUCUGGCCAUUCUGCAACCAACAAAGCACGCUGGUAUGCCGUUAGGUCAUUCCUCCAUAGAUGACACUCACAGGGAGCAUUAGUGGAAUGAACUAUUUGUGCACUAGCAGCUAUCUAGUCAGAAAGUUGAUGUUUUGUAGGUUUUUUCCUGACAUUUUAUAGGUUUUUUGCGUAAUAAACCUGCCGGUUGUAAUACUCACUUUCAUCUUGACUACAGACAGAUUCGUAGACUUAAGUCUGAAUUGGUAGGUAGAACCACUCUACGAUCAUACCAGAGCCGCUUUCCAGUGCCUCAUUUGUGUUACUAGGAGCUACCCACCACCAAUACCGUUCCAGUACUCUUGAGUGUCAUGCACAUGAGUUACUCAUUUUUGAAAUCCCUUCCCCUCAUGCACCAGCUAAAUUAUUCGGUCUUAUACGCUCCGAAAUAGUGGAGAUAACGAAAAUGAUAAUGUGUCAAGAUUGUUAGGUUAUGUUUUUCCUUCGUUUUUUUUUCAUUGAACCGAUACCAGACAAUGGAGGAUAGAAAAAAAUGAUAAUGUUGUGACCCAGAGUCACAACAAUGUUACAUUUGAGAUGUUCCUGAAUAAUAAAUAUCACAAGAGGGUGCAAGAUGCAGUCUAUAACUGGCACUUUGAAAAUAAUUUCGAAUGUAUACACUAAAAUAUGAAUUCGACACAUUUAUCCAGAAGCUUUACAAUAAAGAUGCAGACCUCUGACCUGUUGCGCCAUGAUUCUAAAAGCAUCAUCAUGCAUCAAUUGGAUAGUCUGGCACACGGACAAUGCUUCUGUUUACAUUUUCAUUGUUUGCCAGUGUGAUACAAAUUGUCAACGUCAAAGCAAACCAUAAAAAAACAGGAUAGGUUUUUAUCGUCGCGCUCCCGUGCACAUUUGCUAGAGCAGUUCGGGAGCGUCACACUCCGAGUGCAUACAACUUUCAAUUCAAAAGCACUGGAAAGCGGCUCACUUACAUCUGUCGACCUGUUCCCAAGAUUUGCGGAGCUCGAUCUAUUUAUAGCAGUAGAAAAUGUGCGGAACUUCAGCUUGAACAACCACUUUGACGAUGUGCGUCGCUGAAAAAAGUUUGGCUUCAGGGAAGGUGAGCCGCAUUGCUCGAAAAUGCGAACAUGAAAUGUUUUGCGCGAAUGACAUUACUCAAACCUUUGUUUUGAUAUGCCUUUAUUGUUUAUACAAAAUUAGUAGGACGAGUCAAGUGUAGUAGUAACGAUAAUGAAGCUUUACCAAUACCCUUCUGUUAUAGAUGACAAAAAUGUUAUCUGGUGCUCUCGUUGAGAUGAUCUGCUGUUAUUUGUUUUAUAUGUUGCUGGAUAGAGUUUAAUAGUGGCUACGAUGCCUCGAAUGAGAGUGUUGUUUUGUUAAAUUUCAGAUUUAGUCAAUACACUUUGUGCGCGUUCAUUUCCAAUUUAAAGCAGUUCUUUGACUGGAAAAAUUACAUUUUGAACUUUGAAGCACACUUCUGGCCAGACUGUUGCUUCACUGAAACCAAAUCGAUCUGUUCGUGGUAGGUGCUUCAGGGUCUGCAUAAUGGCAAUAUAUAUUUUUAACCCACCUUUUUUUAACAAAAAUGACCAAAUAUUUUUGACAUAUUUAAUAUGUACUUAGUUUUGUAUGGUGGAACAUGUUGAAAACCAACAUCAUAACAGUGUUAAGAAUCAGGUUGAAAACAAAUUUAUCUAAACUCUAUCCAGCUGCAUCUUAAACACAUCCCCAUAUCAACAUAUUUUGAAAAUAUAUUGUUAUUUUUAUAUCCUUUUUUAUGUUAUUUAAUUCUAAUAAACUGGUUUUUGAAAUUGAAACUGCGAAUGACUAA